CGGAUAAUAGGCGGACAAACAGCCUAUAAAGGUGAAUGGCCAUGGCAAGCUGCACUUGUCCAUACGUCGAACUCAGAAAUCUUCUGUGGUGGAACCUUGAUAAAGCGCCAGUGGGUUCUAACUGCAGCUCAUUGCUUUGAUGACGUUGAGCCUGCCGAUACUCUAGUCUGGUGAGUGAAAACGGCGCGUCUUACUUUUCAGCUGCCCAGGUAUUUUUAUCACUAACUGCAAUCUUUUCAAUGUAGGGUUACACCAGAGAACAGCGGCGCUAUCUGUCGCGUAGUUGGUUUGUUUACAGCCCCCUUGACUGACGUGAUAUGACGCGAACGACUUCGUAAAUUAAUGCUAAAGGCCAUGCAGGAAAGAAACUUCUUCUCGUAAGGUCCGAUCAGUGAUCGCACUCUGCAUACUAAAAUUCAAGCAACCGUGUGAAGGACUUCGGGAUUUAGAUAUGCAGGGUUCAGUAUUAGAAAGAAAAAAAAUAUACAUUCUUGACUUCAUCCAUUGAAAAGGGAAAUCCAAAAUAUAGGCACCGCCAAUCCAUGGAUCCAUUAGGGAGCUUAAGCAACAACGACGGUGACGGCAACGAAAACGUCACUUAAAAAGUGAGUACCAGCUGCAUCAGACUUAUCGCGCUUAUUACGUCUCGUUUAAUUUGUCAAAUGUUGGCAAAUUUUUGUGGAGUUCAAUUCCAAAGGACUGUAUCGAGGUUAAGAAAAAGAAAACGAAACUCGUCCUCUUGUGUUCACGUCCUCUACAAAACAUGAAGUUAGGCAAUUUCACGUCGUAUUCGUUCAACGACGGCAAAGAAAUGUACAAAAAAGCGUGAUGCACGUGCAAAGUUGUUUGCUUAUUAAACCUGUUGCUUUUUUGCCAUCCUCGUUGUCAUCGCCGUCGUUACUGCUUAAGCUCCCUAUUAUUUCUUAGACGGACACAUCAACGCAACGUCAUUUCAACAAAUUGUUGGUGUUGAAGAAAUUUUUUUCCUGUAGCAUGUCCCAACACCAGAAUAAAAUAAUAAUUUCAAAGAAAUAGUACCACUCAAUAUUUCAGGUUGGGUGCAUACAGAGCUGUAGGUGGUUUCAAGACCGAAGAAAACGGACAGGAAUUCACUGUGAGAUCACUUAUCAUUCAUGACCAAUACAACGAGGAAACUAAUUCAUACGACAUUGCCCUGAUCAGGCUGAAUCGUUCAGCUAAUAUAAUCACGUAAGUUUCUUUUUGUUUGUUUUCAUUCCCAUGUGAACAUCCCUGAAAGGAUACACGUUGCUCCCCACCCUCCCACAAAAAACGGAUAACCUUUGUUUUUAAUUUCUCCUGGCUAUAAGGCUUAGGCCAAACGUUUAACUUUUCAUGAGACGAACCCAACUUUAAUUUGGGUCGACCUAAGAUGGGUCAGAUACUAACUUAGGACGCGUUGAACCAAUCAACUGAGUCAGACCAAAAAGCAAUUUUAGCCGAACGAGGCUGAAUAUGCAUUACCAUAUAAUUUUUUAAUUUAAUAGUUUAGAUCGUCGCAUGUGAAGAUCGACGUUUGUGCCGGAGACGAUCUUCGGCCGAUCUCUCCCGUGUCUGAAGAUGACGAAUAGAACGUGUUCGGACGAUCCAAACUCAUUCAGACGAACUUAACUGAACCAGACGUCGUUCUUCUCACGAACUUAACUCACUAUACUUAAGGGCCUGUUUACAUGGAGGUGGGGGACCACAAGUAGGUGAGGUAACCCGCUUAGGUGGGGUAACCCGCCUGUCCAUAUAAUCUCUCAUUGUAAUUUGGUUACCUCACCUACCCUACCGGACCUCCAAGUAAACAGGCCCUUAGUUUGGUUCGUCUCACAAAAAGUUCGACGUUUGGCCUAGGCCUUACAGUCGUCCCAAGAGGAAUUCAAGACGAUGCUCAUGAAACAUUUGAUGGGGGAGGAAGCAAAGAUUCCCUAAGACACAUCGUUGAUGAAUUACCUCAAAAUUAUUAGCUUACUUUUGCAAUUACUUUCAGUGGUGAUCCAAAAUUAAAAAACCUGCACCACUGACGAGCAUAAGUGUUCUUUCAAUUAUGAUGUACUUUCAAGAAAAAAGCAUAAGUGUCGUGAACAGAGGAAAUGAUAAGUUAGCUCGACAAAACAGAUUUGUGGAAGCUUCUCUUAAAGUUGAGGAAUAUUUCAAAUUCCACUCAGAAUCUGGGAUGAGAGCAGUGGAACUGAGUGCACAAAAUAAACAAGACAGCUGACAUAACAAAAUUCUGAAAAAACCCUGAUACUUAUAGGUAUAGUAGCAACAGAGCAACCAUUACCUUACUUGUCGAUACUGGUGCGAUUCAUAAUCUCGAUGGUUCUUUGCUAAGGCGGAUACCACCAUAUUACGUUUACUGAAAUUUUUGCCGGUUGCAAGUAAACUUCGACUUACCUCUUGACCGAAAUCAAAAAUCCAACUCAAGCUGCUAGAGUAGGUUUAGGGUUAAAUCAUUACGUUUCCAAGAGAUUGUUGUCGUUCUGAUAGGCCACGUAGGUUCUUUAGUUUCGCAUCACGAACUCGUCCAUAGGCCCAAUGCUGCCACGUUAAGAAUAAAACAGUUGUUUUGUUGAUUAUGUAUUAUAAGUGUUCAUUUUGCUGACCCAUGUAUAAGUUCGACUAGAUCGACAAAUUUUAGCCAUUUUCGCACGGCUAGGGUCGUUUUCGUCCCCAUAUAGAAAUACAUGUAUUUAUUAUUCCACUAUUAUGUCAUUUUACCAUAUAAGGUCAAGAGAACAACCAAAAUAUGAGGCCGUAAUACACUGUAGUGUCCUGGUUUAACCGGUUUACAACAGGGCGAAUACCGGCGGAUGCAAAAGGAGCAACCAUGGCUGACAGAAUCAGGAUGUUUUGGAUACUCUUAUUAGAAAAUAGAAGCCAAGAUACCAUUUUUCUUUUGCAGUAAAAUAAAUAACCUCUCAUUCAAUGGUUUGGCAUAUAACACGUGCGAACAUUUUGCUAAUUGUUAACGUCAUUCUCACAGACAGAAUCAGGAUGUCUCUGAAUUCUCUUACCAAAAAAUAGAACCCAAUUGCCAGAUAAUUUUUUUUGUAGUGGUAUAAUAAACCUCUUAUUCGAUGGUUUAGCUAUAAUACGAGCGGACAUUUUGCUCAUUGCUCGUAUUUUUCCUCGCCCCUGCGGGGCUCGGAAAAAUACUAAGCAACUCGCAAAAUAUCCACACGUAUUAUAUGUUAAACCAUCGAAUAAGGUGUAUAUAUACAUUCCUCCCUGGACCCAUUUAGCUUUCAGUUUAAAGUUAUAAAUUAGUAAGCAACAACGUCAGCAAAGAUAAAUCUUUCCAGCGAAACCUGGUUUUAGAUACUCUGACCAAUCCUCACAGAGUUACACUCACUAACACUUUGAGUUGCUGACAUUUUGGGGGAAAAUUCACUGCCAAUUUCGCUGUUUACAAACUACUCUUUGAAAAUCAUAUUUUUCCCUUUCCUAAAAGUUAGCCAGCUACAAAUCCAUGCAAACGAAAGACGAUAAAGUGCGCAACAAAACCGCUAAUAAAGAAGAAUGGCAAAGGAAAAAAGAGAGCGAGACAGAAAGAUUGAUAUAGAUUGGCAAAAAAACUUUGGCUUUUGCGCAUGCGUGAAAAACAUACCUUUUUUCUUGCACAACUCAUUUUAACCAUUGUUAUGCUAAUGAGCCGAAAACUAGUCCAAACUAGUCCUAGGAAUUGGUGAAAAAUGCGGUCUUUUUGCUACUCGCCGGCGGUCAACAAAAGGGUGAAAGACACAUUCCGUCAAAGCUGAACCAUAUCACGUACCAUACGAUUUUAAAAUACCUUGAAACUUUAAAACAUUCGCAGUCCAUUUUAAGACUGAUACCGAGCCAGUCGUCGUGUAUUCAAAAAAAGCCAUGAACUUACAGCAAGAGGUUUUCUGUAACACGAGGAACAGGCCCUUUUUCUCAAUCUCUGAUUUGGGUUUUAUCGUUGUAGCGAUUACAGACAGGACAUGGUUAAAACCGUGAGGUUAGCAACGGCUAAUGAUGCCCCUUUGCUGAUGAGGUUCAAACUGUGCGUUGUGACGGGAUUUGGUGUAACGGAUAAUAAGGAAACCAGUCCUAACUACCUGCAAAAAGCACGCGUCCACAUUGUCCCACUGGCAGAAUGCAGAUCACAGUAUGGAGUUGGACGCGACGUGAUAGAUGAUACAAUGAUAUGUGCUGGGCGCUAUAAAGGGAAAUUCGACGCUUGCUCAGGCGACUCUGGGGGACCACUGGUCUGCAGGCAUGACGAUUUAAAGUAUUAUCUGCAUGGCAUUGUUAGCAUGCGGUUGGAGGAAAGAUGCGGAAAACCUAAAAAGUUCGGGAUCUAUACAAAUGUUAUCCCAUUCUUGGAUUGGAUAAGAAAUAAUGCUGAAUAA